AUGGCUUCCCACACCUCCAUCGUCAAGGCCGGUGACUUCAUCCUGCGUACCCCAGCGCUUAGAUCCAUCUUCGUGCCAGCCGCCAAGUUGUUCUGCGCUUACUCUGGCUACCGCCAGCUCGGCCUCAAGUUUGACGACUUGAUCCACGAGGAGAACCCAACCGUUCAGAAGGCGCUUUCCAGAUUGCCAAAGGACGAGAUCUACGCCAGAAACUUCAGAAUGCUGACUGCUGCUCAGUGCGGUAUCACCCACCACUUGCUUUCCGCCGACAAGGCUCUUAAGCCAUCCGAGGACACUCCGUACUUGUUGCCAUACUUGUUGGAACUUGAGGCCGAGGCUGCUGAGAGAGUUGAGCUGGACAACGUUGAGGUUGCCAAAUAAGCUCCUUCAUGGCGAGCGAUGGCACGUUGAGGCUACAAGGAGCGAGGAGCAGCCUCUUUCACAUUCACAGUACAAGAUUAUAUGAGUCUAAAAUAAACAAAAAAACAAAUCACCACAUUACAAGCAAGCACGAUCUUUCUCUUCCCUUUCGAACCUCUUAGCUUUCCCACCCUUACUUCACCGUUAUAUCAGACAAGGCCGUGCGGGAGUUGUAUCGCACAGCUGUCAGCGUAACGAUGGAAGCUUGUGUAUAAAUCAUGGGGAGGAUAUUAAAGAGUGAAAUGCAUUUUUUUAUUUGUUAUUUAAGAAUAUAUGGAGAGGAUUUUCUA